AUGAAUCCACGAAACACGAAUCAAAUCUGCACCAACCCGUCCAUGGGUGCCGGAACGGACAUCGCCACCGCCGUAGAGGUGUUGUGGUGCAGAUUGCAGACCGCCUUUUCACCUGCCAGCGAAAUGCAAGCACUGAGAGGUCGUGGCGGUGCCGCCAACGUCGAAUGUGUGGACGGCUCAGAUACGCGCUACGAGGUGCUCGCUUCCGCAGACCCUGCUGAGGUCUUCCACGACUCCCAGAUGGCCACCUGCCUCUUCUCCGCGAACCCGUGCAUCCGCGGUCCAUUGAACACCUCACGGCAAGUCCAUCACAAGUCCAUAACUGAUGAUUGGUCCGAUGACUGGGCUUGCCGGGACGGCCACGGCGGCGGGCCCGACAGCAGCCACGGCUACGAGGGCCAUGGGAGCAGUGGAGAGGUCAGCGAUCGAAGCUUGUCGCACGUAGGUUCGGAUGCUCCACACACGCCUGAGACGUCCCCACCCGCGCGUGAACGCCACGAUAUCGGUGCCGAAAGCGCCCUGAGUUCGGUGGCUGCACCCAUCGGGUCAGCACUCCUGGGCUGUGCUCUGGGCACUGCUGCUGCCUUCACCAUUUCGCCCUUUAUAGCCGCGGGUUUCGGAGCGGGCGUGCUGCUUCUGCAGGCGCCCAGGGAUCCCUGUAGCACCAAGUCGAGCUAUAUCCCGGAAGGGCCUGCAGUUGGCAUACAUCCCUCCCUUCAUACAUCCCUCCAUCCACCCUAUGCCAUGAAAGGAUCGGUAAUCGACCGGUUAGCUGUAACCCGGAUGGUGAAAGAAACCGUCAGCUUGUCCCAACUGGCAGCAAAGUUUCCGGAUUUCGACCUCGCAGGCAAGAGAAUGUACCUAGACAAGAUGGGCGAGGUCUCCAGUCGUUACGAGGUGUUCAUUAAGCGGUUGGAGCUGUCCCAGGACCCGGCAGCUCGGGAGUUUCUGCGCUUCACAACCGCACAGAUGCUGGAAGGGGGCUUCACGUACAGCCAGAUGUUCUCGGGGUUGAAGCAGAGCCUGCAAAUGUACCGACAGUGGGUGGAGCACGAGGAGAGAGUGAGCAGCGACCCGGUGGAGCAUCAGAAGUUCCUGCAGGACUUCCGUUCCAUGUGGGAGGCCAGUUUCCUCGGCCGGGUGGACCUGACCUACCUGUUCGACAAAGUGGACCCCAAGAUCCUACUUAAGGCGCAGGCUGACCCGCAGUAUUGGGUGGCCAUCAAGGAGAUCGCCAGUGACCCCGGGGCGAUGCGGAAGUGGCUGGACGACCCCAACCUGGGUCCCUUCGUGGCGGCGCUGUGGAAGAGCAUGCAGGACAAGUCCAAUCGCAGCGGCAGCGAUGGCGCUAUGGAUAGGCCGAAAUACGUGCGUGUAAGUCAAACCCAUAAAUACGCGAUUCACGCCUAUGAUGCACUACGAGAUGUGUUCUAUUACUCUCAGGGUAUGCGCGAGCGGGAGUACAUCCGUCUUAUCCCGGAGGAUGAACUGCUCCGUGUUAACGGUCUUCUGAGGCGGGUUUACAAUGCGCGUGGCUGGACAAACGAUGACGAAUCGCGGGGACGUGCGUGGGCCGAUAUGCUGGCCGCAGCGCAGAAGCCCGAAGGUGGCGCAUGGCAGCUAGACUUUGACAUGGACAAGGUUGUGCCAUCACAGCUCGCGGCGCUCUGUGCCGCAGUGGAAAUCUACUUCCUUGGGGGACUGCUGGCACAGCAGAUACACAAAGUGCGCCGACCCCCUCUCAAGGUCUUGCCCGGCGAGGAUCCUCGGGAUCCCUACUCAUGGCUGUCUGGCCUACACGACGAUAACACCAUUUACGUUAAUGCAAACCGUUGGCGGGAAACCAUCUCUGAGGACAAUCCCAUGAAUUUCGAAGGCAAUCUCUGCACCAGCAAGCUCGAGGCGCUGGCCCACGCCCUUGGUCAUGAGCUGGUGCACGCGGUGGUGUUGAACUUUUUCCCAGACAUCGAUGCCAAGUCGACAGCGUACCUGCCUGAUGAUAAGCACGGCCCGAUCUUCAUGUUGCUCAACAAGCGGCUAUUCGGUCAUGUCGGGCACGCCAGCCAGCGCCUCUUCAAUGUGCGAUGA